UCUAGCUGUGCGGACGUGUUUUGUGUUGUCGACGAGUGCUUUCAAAACUUUAUUCGACGAUAUAAUUUAAUCGUAGAUGGGAGUGAUAUUUUCUCGCUUCUAACUUUUUAAUCAAAUAAUGGCUAUUAAAUACUGGUGAUUGUAAAGGACUGCUUAGUUGUUUAAAAGUACAAUUUUGUGGUUGUUUGAAAUUUAUUUUGGACUGACUGCUGUUUUAACCGAUCCGAGAGAUUUCGAUUAUGUUUGCAAAUUAAUAUAAUCAUCAGAACGUGAAAAUAAAUGGUGCUUACGAUUUCCUGAAAACAGAUACAGCGGACCCGCCGGGAGACUUGCUCGCACCCGCUCUGUACCAUGUGAGCGGGAGCGUCGCCCGCAGGAGCCGCCGUCCGCUGCGGAGCGCCGGCGCCAUGGAGCCGCUGGAGGAUGUGGAGCUGUACGCGCACGGCAACUUCUCGUACGACGAGAACGCCACCUACAACGCGACGUACGAGCUGAGCUGCCCCAACCUCAACCUGCCCGUGGUGUACGUGGUGACGCAGAUCCUGUACGCGCUGGUGUGCGUCGUGGGGCUGCUCGGCAACUCGCUGGUCAUCUACGUGGUGCUGCGCUACUCCAAGAUGCAGACCGUCACCAACAUGUACAUCGUCAACCUCGCCAUCGCCGACGAGUGCUUCCUGAUAGGCAUCCCCUUCCUGCUCGUCACCAUGUCGGUGCGCUCGUGGCCCUUCGGCAGCUUCAUGUGCAAGGCGUACAUGAUCUCCACCGGCAUCAACCAGUUCACGUCCAGCAUCUUCCUGUGCAUCAUGAGCGCCGACCGCUACAUCGCCGUGUGCCACCCGAUCGCGGCGCCGCGCCUGCGCACGCCGCUCGUGUCGCGCGUCGUGUCCGGCGCCGCCUGGACCGCGUCCGCGCUCUUCAUGACGCCCAUCUUCAUGUACACCACGCUCAUCGAGUCGGAGAACGGCUUCACGUGCAACAUCGUGUGGCCCGAGCGCGAGUUCAACAAGGGCCAGACCUCCUUCACGCUGUACUCGUUCGCGCUCGGCUUCGCCGCGCCGCUGACGCUCAUCUUCGUCUUCUACUGCCUCGUCAUACGGAAGCUGAAGACGGUCGGCCCGAAGAACAAGUCCAAGGAGAAGAAGCGCUCCCACAGGAAGGUGACGAAGCUGGUGCUGACCGUGAUCGCGGUGUACGUGCUGUGCUGGCUGCCGUACUGGGCCUUCCAGGUGGCGCUCAUCUACUCGUACGAGUGCGCCAGCAGGAUCACCGUCACCGUGUUCCUGGUGGCGGCGUGCUUCAGCUACAGCAACUCGGCCAUGAACCCCAUCCUGUACGCCUUCCUGUCGGACAACUUCAAGAAGAGCUUCCUGAAGGCGUGCACGUGCGCCGCGGGCAAGGACGUCAACGCCACGCUGCACGUCGAGAACAGCGUCAUCCCGCGCAAGCGGGGCGGCGGCGCGGCGCGCGCGCAGUCGCGGGCGCUGGCCGAGGCCCGCGGGGCCUCCGGCCGCGCCGAGGCCGGCGGGGGCUCGCGCUCCGAGGCCUCCACCGCCUUCACCUCGCGCUCGGUGGUGGUGAGCGAGGCGCUGCACAUGGAGGCGCGCCCGUCGGCGCUGGCGCCGCUCAUAGCGCCCAACGGCCUGACGCACACGCGCCUCUGAGUGCGGGCCUCCCGCCGCGAGCGCGCCCUAGUGACGGACGAGGACACUUUGAUCGUUUCCAUAGAUUAGGUUUACAAAGACUGGUUUAAUUAGCCCCCAACACCAAACUUGCGAAUAUCUUAAAUUGCGGAAGCUGUGACACGAACCAAACUGAACUAAACUAAGGCAAGUGGAUCAGUGCACGAGAUCAUUAAUUCAAUAAUACGAGUAUAGUUAUUGUUAAUCAGACGUUACUUGGCUCGUAAGUUUGUGUCAGACUCACGAGCCAAGCCAAGUGUGCCAAGCGACACGUCGAUUCUCUUUCUACUCGAUCAGAUCUUGCUCACGUGACCUGUAGAUAGCAAAUGUCAUUGCCAUACAUUUUUCUAGUUUUCGAAGCGUUUGCGAUCGUAGAAAGAGAAUCGAAGUGCCAGUUGGCUACAGGAGCUGUGUAUGUGUACACCGCUGAGCCUACGAGUUGCGUUAUUCAGUAUCCCCGUCAGUGUAUUAGAGUGAUAUCAAACUGCUGCUGUUGUCGAGUUCGGUGCUGGGGACUGUCGUGUGCGUCUGACGACGGCGCGACGCGAGCCCUGUCGCGCGGUCGUCGGAUAUAGUGCUAGGACAUAGUACCCGACUAAUUGUAUUAUAGUUUACGUUCGAACAAAAUUCAAUGUAAUGUGUGGACCUGAGUAUACGAGUACAAGUUCCUGGUAGGAAAUUGUUUAAUGUAUGUUUAAGUAUUGUAUGUGUUAGAGAGAUGGAAAUUGACAACCGCAUUAGCUUCUAUGAGCAUGUGUGACCUAAUCAUUAUUAUAUUACUUUGUAUAUUAGAUAAAGGUUUCGUUAUUUAGUUCCCUUUGCUAAUGACGAUUGUUAAUCAUCAUUAUCAAUCAUAAUUUUGGUAUUUAAAAUAAAUAAUAAUUUAUUGUGCAAAUAUCAUGCUAAAAGCAAUUGGCAUGCUACGAUUAGUCUUACCUAACGUAUCGCAAGUUACCUACGUACAUUAAUGAUUGCUAUUACCAUCACUUGGUGACGUCAUAGUUCGGCCUAGGGUUGUUACGAAGAAUUUAUUAACGUUUAGGUGUUUAUCGUAUAUAAUAAUUACUAUGAAUACGUAUCGAAUACGAACACUUUAUUUGUAUACCUAAUGUUUACUGUACAAAUGUACAUAUCGUGUAUAUAUUUCACACCAUUGUCAUAAUGUCACAGUUAUAAUUAAAAUUCAA